UUGUCCGAUAAAGUUUUCCCCAAAAGGAUAAUUGAUGAAAAGGAUAAAAAGUGUCGCCACGAUUUCGCAGCGUUACAGGAUCCGUUUUCAGGACUUGCUCAAGAAUCUGAGCAUUGAAUAGCGCCCAAGCCAGGUAUAUCGAUGCCAUGAGCAGUACCGGCCACACCAAAUCCGACGACGGAAAACGACCAUCAUCCAAUAACAAGAACGGCGAUUGGACCUGCCCGGAGCCCGAUUGUAAAAAUCUAAACUUUGCCCGCCGCAACCAGUGUAACCGGUGCGGCAAGGAGCGUCCCAACAGUGGCUCUUCGAAGCAUGGAUCGGCAGCUAGCGAUUCCGACGGGGGCGGCAGUGGUGGUAAAAAGAAGACGGGCACCGAAAUCGGGAAGGCCGCAGCGGAGAAGUCACGCGGCUUGUUCAGUGCCGAAGAUUGGCAAUGCAAUAAAUGCGCCAACGUGAACUGGGCCCGGCGCCACACGUGCAACAUCUGCAGCGCCCCACGGUUUUGCGACGUCGAAGAACGCACGGGUUACGGAGGAGGCUACAACGAUCGCGGUGUAGUGGAGUACAAGGAUCGUGUCGAGUCCGAUGAUGAGUACGACGAAUUUGGACGUCGUAAGAAAUCGAAAUCGAAGCAGAAAGAACAGCAAAUUGCACGAACGGCUUCGCGGCGGCGGAGAAGUUACUCGGACGACGAGCAUCACACGGAAAGCAGCAGCAAGCGCAAGGAAUCGCGAAAGAAGCGUGCUGAAGAUUCCGAAAAAGAAGAAGAGGAGGAACCGGAUGACGAGGACGAGGACGACGAGGAGGAAGAUGAGGAUAAUGAAGAUCUUUCAAAGUACGAUCUGUGGGGAUCGGAAGAAGAAGAUGCUGUGGGUAAAAAGCCACCGAUAUCGAAACCUUCUUCCGCUGACAAGCAUAAACCACCAACAUCACACAAACACCGUUCUCGCUCUCGUUCGCGCUCGCGAUCGCGAUCCCGCUCCAUCAGUAGGGAUCGGAAUCGCGGUAGGCCGGGAAGCGAUACACGGCCACCAGGGAACAGGAGGGUCCCCUCCGAUAGCCACGGGCGAUCGCACUCUCAACGUUCCAGCUCAACGCGCCGACCGGCACGGCCUAGAUCGCGUUCGCUCUCUAGCUCACGUUCGCGAUCCCGAUCACGCUCACGAUCCCCGCGUUCUUACAGCCGCAGUAAGGACCGUCGACGCUAAGACAUUUUCUAACCACUCCAACCCCUCCUUCCCACUGUUGACAGAGGCAAACGAUAAAGAAAUUGGAGGAAUAAAUGUGUAUAUUUUAGAGCGAAAUGUUAAGCUGUUCAUAGAUGUGGUGGCGUUCAUUUUCUUCAUUUCGCGCGUGGCUAGCCGUAAUCUAGCUCAUGUUAAGUACCGCUUUCGGGCAUUUGCCCAGUAAAAUGGUCUAUACUAUAUUUCCAAAAAGGCACACAAUAGUGCUGGAGUGCAUUGAGGAUAAAUUUAUGAUGAGCAAAGCACAAAGAAUCUGAUUCAUUGAAUUAUUUAGAUAUCUGUCACGAUAUAAAUCAUUCUAUUACAAUCUCCUACUACUAAAACUCUCUUCAAACAGAUUAGCGCAUCAUAUGGAGCUUAGUAAGAAUGGUUAACAGCAUACAUACAUAAAUUAUUACUGUAGUUUCGAGUCCCGAAACAAAGCACCAGACCAAAUGAUCUACACCGACACACUGACCAGAAUGAGAUAAGGGGAGUUAAUAAACAUAGU